AUGGUGUUGAUCCCUCCUCCGCCCCCGUAUACGCGCUACGACACGAAUCCAAGGACAUCGGGCUCAGUCUCUAGCCCCACGGUAUCCGAAAUUACUCAUCAUCCUGGUUGGGCCACUGGCGCAGAUGCUGUAAGAGAUGGACCAGGGCGGGCACCAAUGUCAGUCUAUGAGGAAAGGACAAGCGGAGAGAAAGGGAACAAGACCAAGAAAGCCGAGGCCAGUGGCAAGGGGGGUGCGCACCUCGACGAAGCGCUAUACGAGGCGGUCUCGAAAGGAAAUGCGAAGCUCAUUGGCUUGCUCCUUGACCAAGGCGCGAACGCCAACGCACGCCCUCCCUGCGCAAAGCCGGCGUUGACCAUCGCAGUGGAAAAAAAGAAUUUCGAGGUCUUGAAGAUGCUAUUGGAGCAAGGGGACCCAGAUUUGGAAGCAAGACCUCCUGCAGGAGAGACGGCACUGUACACAGCAGUCUCUAAGGGGUACACGGACAUGGUUGAGUUGUUGCUUGAACACGGAGCCAACGUUAAUGCAAAGCCGGACGGAGGCAAACCAGCGCUGCUCGUGGCAUACUCAAAAGGACGCAAGCAGGUCUUGGAAACUCUGUUGCAUGCUCCAGAGCUCAACGUUGACGCAACACCGCCUGGGGGAGUCGCGACGCUAUGGCACGCAGCGGAACAGGGUGAUGUGAAGGUGGUACACAUGCUUCUGAGCAACGGGGCCAAGGUUGACGUCAAACCUCCCGGUGGCUCGGCGGCCAUGUACCGCGCUGCUGUUCGGCAAGACUUGGCGACUGCAGGCCUACUUCUCCAGCAUGGCGCUGAUGUCAAUGCAACACCGCCCGGUGGAACGACUGCGUUGUGGCAUGCAGCCUCCAAGGGUGACGAGUCGAUGGUGCGGCUGCUGUUGGCGCACAAUGCUGAUCUCAAUGCGAAGCCACCUGGAGGGAAGACGGUAUUGACUCAGGCAAUCAAGAAAGAAACGUUGAAUCUAACACCGACAAUGAGCAAAGACAAAGCAAGUGAUGAGGAUUUGUUACUCGAGGAGCCACACGGGACAAGUGACGCUGAAAACGCUGACCAAGCUGAAACUUCGAGAAACAGAAGUCUCGUGAUGAUGUUGUGA